ACAUUCGUUACACUAAACAGUGAAAAGCAAAACCCUAGAUAAAGCCAAAAGGGGUCGAAACUGCAGCAAUCUUCCUCACCAAUCUCAGCUAUGGGAAUUGACAAGGAAUUGAUCAGGCAAGGCAAUGGCCCCAAGCCCACACCCGGCCAAACCGUCACCGUUCACUGCACCGGUUUUGGCAAAAACCGAGAUCUCAACCUAAAGUUCUGGAGCACCAAGGAUGCAGGGCAGAAGCCUUUCACUUUUCAGAUUGGGAAAGGCAAUGUUAUUAAAGGAUGGGAUGAAGGAGUGCUGGGAAUGCAGUUGGGAGAAAUUGCUAAACUGAAAUGCUCUCCUGACUACGCGUAUGGCAGUGGUGGAUUCCCAGCAUGGGGCAUUCAGCCGAACUCAGUUCUGGUUUUUGAGAUCGAAGUUCUCAGCAUCGAGUAAAUCACACUUCUUAAUCUAUGUUGUGGAAGAAAACAUAGCAUAUAUUAAUGCUUAUCAAACAUGUUCUACUUGGAUGCUUUGCUACUUAUAUUAUGCAUGAAUAAACCUUGAACCAUGAGCAUUCCUCAUCGACAUUGGGAUUUACAGUUUCACAUUUGUCUUA